GAUCAGAUGGUGUACUGGGUGAAGAUGAUUAUGGGUCAGUUUUCAAAGGGCGGAUUGGUUGAGAUCUACUUUCUUGGAAAAUUGCAGCAUCCUAAUCUUGUUAAGUUGAUUGGUUACUGCUUUGAUGAUGACCUUCGGCUUUUGGUUUGUGAGUUUAUGUCUUGUGGCAGCUUGGAAAAGCAUUUAUUCAGGAGGGGGUCUGAGCUACUUUCUUGGGACAUUCGCAUGAAAGUUGCUCUUGGUGCUGCAAAGGGGCUUGCAUUUCUUCAUAGUGCUGAUUUGAAUGUCAUUCAUCGGAACUUUAAGACUUCUCAUAUACUGCUUGAUUCAAACUACAACGCAAAGCUUUCUGGUUUUGCUUUAGCUAGGGAUGGGCCAACUGAUGAUGAGAGUUACGUCAGUAGUCCUUUCAGGGGUACUACUGGAUAUGCUGCACCAGAGCGUCUAACCACAGGCCGUUUAAAUGCAAAGUGCGAUGUAUACAGCUUUGGAGUUGUACUUCUACAAAUUUUAUCCGGCAGACGAGCUAUAGAGAGUUUAAAUGCAAAGUGCGAUGUAUACAGCUUUGGAGUUGUACUUCUACAAAUUUUAUCCGGCAGACGAGCUAUAGAGAGUUUAAAUGCAAAGUGCGAUGUAUACAGCUUUGGAGUUGUACUUCUAGAAAUUUUAUCCGGCAGACGAGCUCUGGACCCGAAUAUGCCACCUGAGCCAGGGUUCAUAGUGGAGUGGGCAAAGCGUUACCUGACAAACAAACGCACAGUUUUCGAAGUUUUUGACACACGUCUUGACAGCCAACACUUUCUUAAAAGGGCUCGAAAGUUGGCUAACCUUGCACUUCAUUGCUUAAAUGAUGAGCCGAAGUGGAGACCAGACAUGGAAGAUGUGGUUAUGGCAUUAGAGUCGCUUCAAGAAUCAAAUUAAAGCAUGUGUUUAUCGGAGCAACGUACAGUUUCUGCUUUGCAUUUUGCUUGUAGUAUUUUAUCACUUUGUUAUUAUUGGCAUUAUGAUGAUGUUCUAGGCAAUAAUUUUCCUUUCAGUUGAGGCAGUAAAAUUUUCUUCUGUUCAUAUA